UGGAAGUGUCCGAGGUCUCCGGAGGUUGUGGGCGCUCGGUGGGGAAGCGGCUCAUCGGUGCCCCGGGCUGCUAAGCUCCCACUGCCUGCCUUCCCGCAGCGCGGCCGCAGGGCCAUGCCGGCUUCGCGCGUGGCGCGGGGCCCGUGGGGUGCCCUGCGCUGGGCCACAUGGGCGUGCGGGGCGCGACCGGGCAAGGGGCGCGCCCUCGGGGCCCUGCUGCCGCCCGCACCCAUCUGCCUGGGCUGCCUGGCGGAGCGCUGUUGGCUGCGCCCGGCCGCGCUCGGCCUGGGGCUGCCUGGGGCCGGCCCGCGGGGCCACUGCUCAGGCGCGGGGAAGGCGACCCCGGCGCCCCCAGCCGGAGAGGGCGCCGCCGCGGAGGCCCCGGGCGGCCCGUGGAGCCCAGCGAAUGCCGCCAGCCUGUAUGAAAACCCAUGGACAAUACCAAAUAUGUUGUCAAUGACGAGAAUUGGCUUGGCUCCAGUUUGGGGCUAUUUGAUCAUUGAAGAAGAUUUUAAUGUGGCACUAGGAGCUUUUGCUUUAGCUGGGCUAACUGAUUUGUUGGAUGGAUAUAUUGCUCCAAACUGGGCCAGUCAAAAAUCAGCUUUGGGAAGUGCUCUUGAUCCACUUGCUGAUAAAAUACUUAUCAGUAUCUUAUAUGUUAGCUUGACCUAUGCAGAUCUUAUUCCAGUUCCACUUACUUAUAUGAUAAUUUCAAGAGAUAUAAUGUUGAUUGUUGCUGUUUUUUAUGUCAGAUAUCGAACUCUUCCAGAACCGCGAACACUUUCUAAGUAUUUCAAUCCUUGCUAUGCUACUGCUAGGUUAAAACCAACCUUCAUCAGCAAGGUAAACACAGCAGUCCAGUUAAUCUUGGUAGCAGCUUCUUUGGGAGCUCCGGUUUUCAAUUAUGCUCACGGCUUUUAUCUUCCGAUACUCUGGUGUUUUACAGCCUUCACCACAGUUGCAUCAGCGUACAGUUAUUAUCGUUACGGUCGGAAAACUGUUCAGGUGAUAAGUGGCAGAUGAAGGUCAUCCGCCAUCAUUAGCAAGGAAGCAAUACACAUCACUGGCAGCAGGGCCAGUGGGAACGUACAGGAGUCUCCCUACUCUGAAAAAGGACUUGUCAGAUCAAACCACGUCAUCAGUAUUUAAUGUGCAUUGAAAAUAAGCUUGAUCAUGGGCAUAUGCAGAAUUUCCAAUGUAUUUUUAAAUACAAAUAAAACUAUCAUUUAGAAUUUUUUACCUUAGGUUUCUUGAUUAACUUAUAAGGAAUUAAUUCCAAUUAUUGUCAGUCAUUUUUUAAUAUAUUUUUUUAAAAAGUAGUGUCCAGAGCAUGGAAACUGGAGAAUUGCCACUUCUCUUUAAUAGAACUUAGAUCGCUCACAAUGCAUUGGGGAAUUUCCUAGGUUUAAAUAUAUGUAGCCUACACAAGGCUAUACAACUUUAAGUUUAAUUUGAUCAGUAUAUUAACAGUUAAUGUGGUUAAUAGUUGAUCAUUUAGGCUAAUGACAAUAAAGGUACCUUAGUUGUAGAUGAAGUAAACUUGUAAAGAGAUUAUAAAGAUCAAAAAAUAGAAGGUAUUGAAGUUCAUGUUCAGUAGUCUUCCAACCUCUCAGGUGCCUAAUAGUUUAUCAGGACAACAAGUAACAGAUGUAGUUGGAAUAAUAAAACAUAUCUAUGAGCCUACACCCUCCAAGAGGCAGUGAAUUAUAGCAUGCCUUCCCACUGUAUUUCUAACAUGGCAGUGUUUGUAUGAUAUUGGAAUCUGUACUCAUAUGUAUAUAAUAUAAAACUGUAUUUUUU